CUCUUGAUGAUUAUAUAUAACGUGCAAAGAAGGGUGUAUACAGGUUUCGAGUCUGCAAGGGCCUUAUUCAUCAUCAACAGAUAACCAUGAAUACAACCGUGUUCAUUUUCUUGUUUGCGGUGGUGCUGGCAGGGGUACUAUCCACCAGCCCACCCAACUGUGAGCACGUGGUCUGUGCACAAGUAAAGUGCGCAGCUGUGGACUGCGCCUGUGGUUCCUACAAGGGCGCCUGCGGCUGUUGUGAUAUCUGUUACAAGUGCACUGGGGAGACCUGUGUGCCACUCCAUCAGGACCGAUGCGUCUCCGACGAGCGCUGCAUUCUCAAAGAAGAUGCAGACAUACACCAAGGAGCUAGUGGAGUUUGUGGCUUGAAGGGAUCACGUUAUCCCCCACCCGUACGUCCCGUCCAUUCUGCCGACCAACACAAGGACCAUCACCCGAGCCACCACGCCGGACACUCCGGGGAUCACCACACGAGCCACCACGCUGGACACUCCGGGGAUCACCACAAAGACCACCACUCCGAGCACAACUAGGCGCAUCCCACGGGCGGAAACCAUACAACCAGCUGCACGCAUUCCAAGUAAAGGCAUUACGAAUGUGUGACUGCGCUUGCAGCCAUGCUCAGCAUUCCGCCUCUUGAUAUUUCGUUAUUCACUAGCUGUCUGUGAAUGUCCUAACGGGCCUUUCAACUUCAUGGAAACCUCUGCAUGGGCAGAACGAACUGAAAUUUGUUCCGUGUUAGAAUGCGUGUUCGGAAUAUGCACGGCCAUUGUGCAGAGUUGUCUGGAAGUAGCCACUGUUUUGUAACAAUAUCAAAUGUGUGAUAGGCACUUGAGUUGUCGAAAUUUUCGUCAGCAUGGUACGCUUAUGCGCUUAGAAAUAGUAGGAAGCUCGUAUACGUACACGACUUUUGUCUGUGAAGUAAAUAAACGUCGCUUCUUCAAAUGUCA